CAAUAGAUUUCGACGAUCGGUCUCUCGAUAAUUAUGCGCUAAUUAUGCUGUUAAGAGGGAUGUGUAUGCGUUUCUUAGGCUACCCCUUACAGGCCCAACAGUGCUUCAAAGAAGUGCUUGAAUGUGAGAAAAGGGUAACAUUUGACACAUUUUUGGCGCCGCACUCAGCCAUGGAAUUGGGAUUAACUUAUCUGUCGGUGAAUGAGUUGAGUGAAGCGCGGGUAUGGCUGGACAGAGCCCGACACGACUACACCGGCUAUUUGCUCGAGACUAUUGUCCACUUCCGGGUUCACUGUGCGAUGCGAGUGAUUAAAUCCAAACUUCAUAUCAACUCAUCGGUUGAGACGAGUCCAGUAACAACACCACUCACCUCACCAGUGACUACACCAGAGGUGGACAGUGAGCUCACCACCACUCCUAUCAACAGCAGAAUCAGCUCUAUAUUCAUGGAGUGGUCCAAAAAGAUAAGUAAUGUUUCCCUCAAUACUCACGCCAACAGAAACACAGAAUACGAGGAAUUCUUAGACGGAUAUCAAAUGAAACUUUAAAAUUAAUUAUGUUUUUCUUGUUUUGGUUUUAAACCUAAAGCUUUAUUUUAAUGUUAUAUUUCGAAAGACGUUU